AUAAGGUACCACUAGUGCCUGUGACCCCGUCGCUACUGCUGCUGCUGCUGCUUCUCCCGUUUCGAGUCCUGCGUCUGAAGCCGCCUUCCUCGCUGUCAACCCCCCCGUCUGCUCUCGGUAGCAGAAGGAAACCCUAGAAUUAUUAUAUAUACUUGUUUAAUGUUUAUCUUUCUUUAGCUCUCCACUCUCAAGUCCCAAGAAGAAAGCGGCUCCUCCUCUCUCCGCUUCCCUUCUUUAAUCGUGUGUGGUAUGAAGGACUAGAUACAUAGAUGAGGCGGAAGAAGAAGGCUUCCGUAGGCGGAGCCGACAGACCCUAUUCCCACCGCCGGAGCCGUGGUGGCGAUCUAUUCUUCUGCUUUGGUUCCCGCCCUUCUGCCGCUGCCGCUGCGCCGUCUUCUUCGUCGUCGUCCGCCGCGGCAGCAGCCAUGCGCGCGCCGUCCUCCAAGUCCCUACUCAGCCCCGGGCGCGGCCGCGACCCGGCGGCGGCGCCCUUCCUGUCGUCCUCCCUCAGCCGACGCCUCCGGAACAGCGGCAGCGUCAAGGGCGCCCAGUCCCCAAUGUUCCCCACGGUGGUAGCCGGGAGGCGGAAAGGCGUCGCCUUUGAGGCUGCGGAGCCGUCCUCCCCCAAGGUCACCUGCAUCGGCCAGGUGCGCGUCAAGAGCAAGAAAAAGAAGGCGGCGGCGGCGGCGGCCGCGGCCGCGGCUGCUGCUGCCGCUGCCACCAAAGGCAAGGCGUCGGUGAUGCGCUCGCGAUCUAUGAGGGGAAGCGGGAGGGAGGCGAGCUUCCGGAGGACGGAGGACAUGGGCGGAGCGGGGGAGUGCUUACCGAGCAGGAACCAGAGGUGGGUGUAUCAUCUCCCGGUCAGCAUUUGCGAGGCGCUGAGGGCAUUCGGGUCGGAGUUUAAUUGCUUCUUCCCCUGUGGCGGAAGAUCCCUCUGUUCCUCCUCGUCUUCCUCGAGAUCGGCCGAAGGAAGGGAGGGAGGGUGCGGCGAAAGGAGGUCGAACUCGUGCGGAGCAGUGUUCGCGAGGUGGUUGAUGGCAGUUCCGGACACCGAGGAGGGGAACGGACGAGAAAUCGUGGGUGUGGCAGUCGAGGAUGGAAGGGACAGAGAGAUGGGAAUAGUAAUCAAAGAGAGGUUGAGGAGAGAGGAUUUGGAGUUCGCGAUCGAGACGGAGAAGACCGAAGAGGUGGUGAUGGUGGUGGAGAAAAGGGAGGAGAAGGAAGAGGAAGAGGAAGAGGAAGCGAGGGUCAGCAUUUGCAUUCCUCCCAGGAAUGCUCUGCUGCUGAUGAGGUGCAGAUCUGAUCCGGUCAGGAUGGCGGCAUUGGCGAGCCGAUUCUGGGAUUCGCCGGCCAUGCAGGUGCGCGUGGAAGAGGAGGACGCAGAAGAGGAGGAAGAUGGUGACGAUGACAAUAGAGAUCAACAUGGGGAGCGUAAUGAGGAAGUGAGGGGAGAAGAGAGGGAUGAUGAAACUGCUCAAACUGCGGAACCAUAUCGUGAAGAGGAGGGAGUAGAAGAAAGCCAUCAAGGAGUGAUUUUGAGUGAAGAACUGAUGAAAGCUUCUGACGGAACAGAGGCACAAGAAGAGGAGGUGCAGCCGAAUCCAGUCGAUGAAAGGCAAAAUAAGGACGAGGAUCUCAUAACGGGGACUGCAGCUGAGCCUGUCGAAGCGAUCGGUAACUCGGAAAGGGAUCAAAAAGAGCAAGAAGUAGAAGCAGCUGAAGUUGAGUGUUCUCAGUUAAAAGAAAAGCCAGAAGAAAAAGAGAUGACGAAUGAUACUCCUCCGAAGGAUAGAGAAGUAGAGAAGGAAGAGGAUAAAGGAAGGAGAACCAGCAGCUGCUCGUCCACAGCAGAUAAAGAGGAGAGGAGAUCAAACAGGCUUGCUUCCAAAUCGAAGGAGGGAUCAAGAAGGCACAGCUCUGCGUUGAGGGAGAGGGACAAGCGGCGACAUAGCUUCUCCACAGAGCGGGAGGUGGGAAGACCGAGCUUGGGAAGACCAAGCUUUGGCGGUGAGAAGGAAGUGAGGAGAGCUAGCUUCUCCAUUGAAGCGAAGGGGAGGUGGAGCUUCUCCAUUGAGAAGGAUGGUCUGAGACUAGAAGAGGAAGUAACGGAUGAAGCAAAGAAGACCAAAAAAGAAUGCUUCCCGGAGAAGAAGGGUCCGAAUGGCAACAUGGAAGUCCAAUACUCGCAUACCAAGGAAAAAGAAGGUAAUGACGGGGGAGAUAAAAGAGGCAGAAAGCAAUGCGGAGUAGAACGUGAAGCUGGGGAGAAAGGAGAGGAGGAGAAGAAGGGCACGGAGCUGCCCGACUGCCUUCUACUUAUGAUGUAUGAGCCCAAGUUGUCCAUGGAGGUCUCCAAAGAAACUUGGGUCUGUAGCACUGACUUCCUCCAGUGGCGUCUCCACCACCCCAACUAUCGGCCUUGUCACCCUUUGAAACCAGUCGCUGCUGGCGCCACAGCUACCACCACCGGCGCUGGCAAAGUCGGCACCAGAGCGGAUGAAGUAACUAAAGGUGAAGCAAGCAUGGAGAUCACUGAUGAUAGGAGCAGUGAUAAUAAGGAAACAGUCUCUCCUAUCCAGGAGGCACCACAGCCUUCGUCGUUGCCUUCACCACCAGUGUUGCCCACUGUGUCGGACAAGGAUAAGAAGCUGAGAGGUAAUGCUGGUGUGCUGCCAUCACCGGCACCGGCUCCAGCAUAUGGGCCGUUCGUGCUAACACGGUGCAAAUCGGAGCCAAUGAGGUCGUCGGCAAAGAUGGCACCCGAUGCUUGCUUUUGGAAGGAUAGACAUCGGCCAAUUGGGGCCACCGGAAUCGGAUUCUGAGCUGAUACCAUCCAAAUUAAAUGAUUUUGACCGGACCUUAGACAAGGUAAGAAUACUGUAACUCUUGUGUGCAAUAUUGAUCAUUUUCUUUGUGUUAUUACUGUUCUGUUAGCUUGUACAAUAGCAAUAGCAAUCACGGUUUGUUAUUUAAAUGAAUUUUUUGUGUACUGAAUGUGAAGGCCUGUUUACAUUUGCUAUUUUACCGAGGGAUCUUGGAUCUUAUGAUGUUGUUAAUCACGUGGUGGACAAGGUAGAAAGAGCAUUUUACAAGGCAUGUUCAGCAAUCUAACAAAACACUUAUAUGUUAUAUGCCUUGCCCUAAGCAUUAAAAUUCUAAUUUUUGUUUGAGCGAUACGACUUCGGAACCAACCGAUGGUGUCUUGUUGGGUCUCUUUAAAGCAAAGAUCCAACUCUGUGUUGGACAAUGCACUUGAAUCAAUUUCUUAUAUGUUUGUGGGUUUCAUGUUUUGUAGCAAUAAUAAUGUGCACGCCGAAGAUGCUAGUUAUUUUGUUUGGUAAAGACUGCGGAAGAUUAUGAUAAGAUCAUGGGAUCAAAACAUCAUAUUUAAUACUGCAAAAAUAUAACAUAGUUCGAUAGUAAUCAUCUGUAUGAGCACAUUUGAAUGCUUGUUAUUUCCUAGACUGAUGUAAUUUUUUGAAGUUUUGUGAAUGUUCGCCAUCUGCUGCCGGCAACCAUAUAAUAGCAUCAACUGUUGUCAUCAAUUUGUGUGUUGCUUACCUCCAAGUGUUCUUUUUUAGUCUCUUUGUAGUACAUAUUGGAGAUCUGCUGCAAUUUGAGUCAAGCUAUAAUGGAAAAGAGAUUGUUCUUUCUUGUGUUGGUGCUGAACUCAGCAAGAAAAUAGGCUUCAUAACCAUUGAUGCUCUGUGAAAUGUGACGCAUUUCUUUGGUUGUCUUUCCACAACUCGGAUGCUGAGCCAGAAAUGCGUCUUUUCUGUCUGGCUAAAGCUUGAAGAGAAGGUAUUGAAAUGAAAGGGAAACAGCUUUGGAUAGGUGGUGAUUGGUUUCUCAUGGCCAAAUGGAGAUGAGCUUUCAAGAAGGAAACAGCUCUGCGAGUGGGUGCUGAUAUUGAUGUACAUCACCUUCCCACAGCCAGCAGGAAGAAGUCUGUCAAGGCUUGGCCACAAUGACCCCGUCGUAGGGCCGGAGGUCUUCUUUCUGCCUGCCACUCUAAAAAGAGACGAGAGAAUGAGCAUGGAAACCAUUUCCUCUCUUUCCCUUCCUCCACUAUCCGCCAUUGCUGGUGAGAGACCACCAUCUGUAGCAGCUUUUUCUCCCCUGAAAGCCUUUGUACGGUAAAGGCGAUCGCCAUUCCUUUUCC